UCCGCCCCGAGCAGCGCUGGUGUCUCCGUCAUGGCCAAGAUCAAGGCCCGAGACCUGCGUGGGAAGAAGAAGGAGGAGCUGCUGAAGCAGUUGGACGAUCUGAAGGUGGAGCUGUCGCAGCUUCGCGUGGCCAAGGUGACUGGAGGGGCCGCCUCCAAGCUCUCUAAGAUACGUGUGGUGCGCAAAUCCAUUGCCAGAGUCUUGACUGUUAUCAAUCAGACCCAGAAGGAGAAUUUGAGGAAGUUUUACAAGGGCAAGAAGUACAAGCCUCUUGAUCUGCGGCCGAAGAAGACUCGCGCCAUGCGGCGCAGGUUAAAUAAGCAUGAGGAAAACCUGAAGACCAAAAAACAGCAGCGAAAAGAACGUUUGUACCCUCUCCGGAAGUACGCCAUCAAGGCAUAAACUGCAGCAUGCUCGAAGUUCUUAAUUGUGUUGGCUGAGUAUGUCUCAUUAAAUAGAACUUUGUUUGG